AUGUCCGUCCCCAUUCCUUUCUCGCGCCCAGCGACCCCGGGCCCGCAGUUGCUGAACAUCGGCUGGUGUGGCCUUGGAUCCAUGGGCUUCCACAUGGCGCGCAACCUGGCCAAAUAUCGUGGGUCACUGCCCAGUACGUCCCCGCUGCUGGUGUACAACCGCUCGGCGAGUAAGUCCCAGGAGCUGCAGAAGCUUCUGGGCGCGAGUAAGGUGGAAAUUGCCGAGUCGCCUGAGCAGCUCGUGCUCGAGUGCGACAUCGUGAUCACCAUUCUCGCGACGGACGCCGUUGUCAAGACCAUAUACGAGCAGUUCGCCGCGGCUCUCCAGAAAUCUCCGCCGACGAAGAACAAGAUCGUCGUGGACAUGAGCACGAUCUAUCCGGCCGUCGCAGGCGAACUGGAUAGUCUUAUCUCAAGCAUCCCACUCACGCACUUCGUCACCUGCCCCGUGUUUGGUGCGCCCGCCGCGGCCGAUCGCGCACAGCUGGUCUGCAUUCUAGCGGGCGACUACCGGUCGAAGAAGGAGGUCGCUCACCUGCUCGUGCCCGCGGUGGGCAAGAAGGCGAUGGACUUAGGCGGCAACAUCGAGAAAGCACCCACGUUUAAGCUGAUCGGUAACUCGAUGAUCCUGGGCACACUCGAAAUACUUGCGGAAGCAUUUACGCUCGCCGACAAGGCGGGCAUCGGCUCGGGCACUGCGUACGAGUUCGUCAAGGACAUGUUCCCUGCUCCUUCAUGGAUCAACUACGGCAACCGGAUGAUGAACGACGACUUUGACGGCUCGACCGGCUUCGCAGUCGACGGCGGCCUCAAGGACGCGGUUCACAUCACGCGGUUGGCGACGGAGCUCAACUCGCCAAUGCCUGCUGUUGACGCCGCCCGCCGCCAUCUUCUGACCGCUCGUGCCCAGCAGUCUGCACAGGCGCUCCGCGGCGAAUCGACAUUUGAACUCCUUGACUGGAGUUCGCUCAUUGCCGGUCCCCGUGUCGGUGCAGGCUUGGAGCCGUUCGAUAGCGGCAAGAACACGAAGGUCGUCAAGGAGUGA